UUUCUUUUCUUCAUCUUUUCUUUUCUUUUCUUUACCUUUGCUUUAUUUUCUCUGCACCUAAAAAAUACACUAUUUAUUUUAUUUGUUUAUUUAUUUAUCUACAAUGGCUCCACCACUGCCGCCAAUCCCCGCAGCAACCACAAACAAUGAGAGAAGACCCUCGCCGCUGGACUAUCCGCGCAAAUCCCCGGUUGAUUUUGCAGGGCUGAUUCCCCAAUACCACCGGCCCAUGUGCUUCCCCAACGAGGUCGACCUCUACGAGCCCUCCGUGUCAAUGUCCUCGGCCGAGCAAGCUGCUGCGCGCACAGCCUCCGGCUCGCGCACAUCAAAGGUAACCGCCAAAGUCGACGUGGCCCUGCCCUGCGGCUACUUCAACAUUUGGCGCCCGCUGCACGACAGCUCCACACGACCAGCUGACCGGCUCGCCCACUACCUUCCGUUCAAAUUCACCAGCGGUGACGCCACCGCCGACUCUUCGCAGCCGGGCAUCUGCAAAUGGGACAGUCGCAUUUCGUACAGCUCGGCCGACGACGAGUACUACCAGAACGGCCUUGUCCUGCCAUUCAUUAAGACGUGGUAUAAUGGCACGCUGUACACCAAGAACGUCUUUUGCAAGACCGAGCAUGACUGGGGCAUGGUGUACCUCGCCUCGAACCACGAAAACCAAAACUUGCAGUCUAUGCUUGCCUGGCGCUUCAAUUACGCCGAGUCAAAGAGCAUUAUUGCCCGCUUCCAUGCCGUGCUCAACUUUUCGUUGUUUGCGGAAACUGCGGCCAUCCAGUGGUAUAUUCGCCCGCUCACUCACAAAGAAUUCAGCUUAAUCCCCAUACAUGUGCUGACCGCCGAAGAGGCUCUUGCUUUCCCUGAGGUUCCAAAGCCGCCUGGCGCCAAAGAGAUUACAUCGCCUAUUGAAGCACGCGCUCGCAUCGUCCAGCAGCAUCGUGGGCACCUGUUGGCCUACAGGGAGCCGCCCAAUGAGCUGCACACCUACGCAGUCCACUCUGUCCCGGGAUUUGCUGCCGACCUGUCGCAGUACGUCGAGAACGAGUACGGUUUUGAGAUUUGGGUGCAGUUGUGCCCAGCCACAGAGGGCACCAACAGGUGGCAGAAGGUGCAGAUUGCCCGCCAGCCGCUUUUGCUGGGCGUCGGUGGUCGUACCCGCGAUAACGACGAUGCGCUGGCGCGCUGCGGGCUUGAUUUCCGCAUCAAGCUGCGCGCCGAUAUCGAGGUUCCGCCAGUGUCAGACCCACUCUCGACCGCUCUUCUGCCCCUAGACCAAGGGGGAGUGCAGGUUAAACCUCAAAUGGAUGACCCGCGUACGGCUGACUUUACCAUUAGCGUCAAUGACCCCGAAAAUACAGUUGGUUGUUUGCAGCCGCCGAUUAGGGCGCAUGAACGCGUGCUGGCUGCGGGGAGCGAGUACUUUGCUGCGCUGCUCGCGUCGUCAAUGGCCGAGUCAGCGUCCAAGCAGGUUAUGCUCGACAACAUGGCCUAUGGCGCUGUCCGUGUGGCAAUCAAUUUUUUGUAUACUGGAGAGGUUCCUGACGCUGUCCUACGUGAUCUCGACGACUGGAUUAGCCUGUUGGGUGUCGCCGCCCGUCUUUCGAUCCCAAGGCUCCACCAGAUAUGCCAGCUGCGCAUACUUCAGGCAGCUAUUACCAGCAUACAGGAAAAUAGCUUGGCAUUGUCAAGAGCGGCUCUGAAGAACAACAAUAGCAGCGGCAGCAGCUCUACUGCGAGCAAUGGGAAUUUGGAUGAUCAUUCCCGGUAUUCUUGCGACCCAGCUGAUUUUGUCUCUCGGUGCCAGAUCCCAUGCGAGUUUCCUGACGAGGAGUUCUUCAAUUAUCUGGUGGAUAUUGCCAAUGAGAAUGGCGCGCAGGAGCUGGCUGAUGCGCUGGAUCGUAUUAAGCACUACUAUCCGGUUGCCAUACAGGAGCACAGUAUUAGGACUGGUCCCACUGAGCCCUUCUGUGCGCUCGCUCUGGACACUACUCCCCCGCAUCUUGAUAAUAACCAUCACCCGCACUUGCACAAUGAAUUCCCUGUUGGGUUUGGACCCGAUGAUGAUGGCCAUAGCGAUGACGAUGACAAUGACAAUGACUUUGGUCGUGGUCACUUUGGGCGUGGUCACUUUGGUCGUGGAGGCGAUGCAAUUGGCAUGCAACACAUGUUUAUGCCGGGUCCUCUGAUACAGCAUGAGCACAUUGCAAAUGCCAAUCGCCCGAAUGACAACCAUGUGGUUGAAGAUGAGCCAGGCUGGGUGACCACCAAUGAAGGUGUACCUUUGUUUGGCAGACUCCUCGGCGGGGUUUUUGGCCAUGGGUGGAGAGUCACCAAUACUGACAACAAUAACAAUGGCAACACUGCCAAUGCUGCUCAACACCAGGAUCCGCCUGAGCCACAGCCUGGACCUGUCCCAGAAAUGCCACGCACUGAUGGAGCGGCAACAACUGCGUCCACCAGCACCCCAAGUACUCCACCGGCACCAGCGCCUGGUCCUGCUCCCACACCCACGACCACAGCAGGACCAUCGGCUUCCCAGCCACCGCAUGUGCCCGAACCAUAGCCACAACAGCCAGCAAUACAGGCAUGACUUUGACUCUGGAUUGUACGAUGAUCCCAACUGACACUUACUGCGAUUCAAAAAUCUGUUUUUUUUAUUUUUGCGCGCGAACAGAAACAAGACGCACAAAAAAAACACAUUAACAUAAUGUUAAAAGUGGGGGUGGUGGUAUGU